GGGAGGGCAUUGAAUUUUAUGGGCGAUAUGGAGGGGGUGGAUCACGCUCAAUGGAUAUUUCAUUUCUAAUCAGCAAAAGAUUAGCUUGUGUAGAUACUGGAAUUUUUUUAUCAGACAUGUUUGUAGUUAUG